AUGACCAACCCUGCGGCCGCGCAGAACCAGGAGAUAGACUGCCUAAGUCCAGAAGCUCAGAGACUGGCGGAGGCCAGGUUGGCGGCGAAGCGCGCAGCUCGUGCGGAGGCCCGAGAGAUCAGGAUGAAGGAGCUAGAGCGGCAGCAGAAGGAGAUCUAUCAGGUUCAAAAGAAAUACUAUGGGCUGGAUACAAAAUGGGGCGACAUCGAGCAGUGGAUGGAAGAGAGUGAGCGCUAUUCUCACAGAUCCAGAAGAAACACGUCGGCGUCUGAUGAAGAUGAGCGCAUGUCAGUGGGUAGCCGCGGAAGUCUGAGGUCGCAGCCUGACUUGGAGUACGGGGGUCCCUACGCCUGGACAAAUGGGUAUGAUGGAGACUUAUAUGGAUCACAGUCCCUGAGUAGAAGAUCUGGCAGGAAUUCCAGCUACAGCGGUGAUAGCCGAUUCUCCACUUUGUCAUCAUCCAGAGAGGACACCUUGGGACUUUCCUGCUCAGACCUCGGGCUUCGCAGUCGUGGCCUGGCUCUCAAACCCCUGUCUGCCCAGAAUGGAAACCGGCCCUCCUACCUGUACAGCGCUGCCCGGCCGGCGGGGAGUAACCGGGCGUCUGUGUCCGGCGAGAGCAGUCUCAGUGGGGCUCGGCGGGGCAGUGCCUGCUGUUCUCAGGCUGCUUCGGAGCUCAGCGGCCACUUCAAGUCCAGCUCCCGCGCCUCCUCCAGAGCCAGUUCUGCGCGGGCCAGCCCAGUGGUUGAAGAGAGACCAGAAAAAGACUUCACUGAAAAGGGGUCUCGCAGCCUGCCCGGCCUGUCUGCAGCCACGCUGGCCUCCCUGGGUGGGACUUCCUCUCGGAGGGGCAGUGGGGACACCUCCAUCUCCAUUGACACCGAGGCUUCCAUCCGGGAGAUCAAGGAACUCAAUGAAUUAAAGGACCAGAUUCAGGAUGUAGAAGGCAAAUACAUGCAGGGAUUGAAAGAGAUGAAGGACUCCCUAGCAGAAGUUGAGGAGAAAUACAAGAAGGCUAUGGUUUCCAACGCCCAGCUAGACAAUGAGAAGACGAACUUCAUGUACCAGGUCGACACGCUAAAGGACAUGCUGCUGGAGCUGGAAGAGCAGCUGGCCGAGUCCAGGCGGCAAUACGAGGAGAAGAGCAAAGAAUUUGAAAGGGAAAAGCAUGCCCACAGUAUACUCCAGUUUCAGUUUGCUGAAGUGAAAGAGGCCCUGAAGCAAAGAGAAGAAAUGCUUGAGGAAAUCCGACAGCUACAGCAGAAACAGGCGAGUUAUAUCAGGGAGAUUUCUGAUCUUCAGGAAACAAUAGAGUGGAAAGACAAAAAAAUAGGGGCUCUAGAGAGACAGAAAGAGUUCUUUGAUUCCGUGAGGAGUGAACGAGACGAUCUUAGAGAAGAAGUAGUCAUGCUGAAAGAGGAAUUAAAGAAACAUGGAAUAAUACUAAAUUCAGAAAUAGCUACCAAUGGAGAGAUGCCAGACACUCUGAACAGCAUUGCCUUGCAAACUUCCACAAAAAUGACGAAGGAAGAGCUGAAUGCCCUCCAGGCGACAGGGGACGGGACCCUUGAUAUUAGGUUGAAAAAGCUUGUUGACGAACGGGAAUGCUUAUUGGAACAGAUUAAGAAACUCAAGGGGCAGCUGGAAGAGAGACAGAAGAAUAUCAGAUUAGACACUCUGCACCCGGAAGAUGGUGUCUUACAAAAUGGGACGGACGUGCACGUGAUGGAUCUACAGAGGGAUGCCAACAGACAGAUCAGCGACCUCAAAUUUAAACUUGCAAAAUCUGAGCAAGAGAUAACUGCAUUAGAACAAAAUGUCAUAAGGUUAGAAAGUCAAGUAUCACGUUAUAAACAGGCUGCUGAAAAUGCUGAAAAAAUAGAAGAUGAACUUAAGGCUGAAAAACGGAAACUCCAAAGAGAGCUUCGCUCUGCACUGGACAAAACAGAAGAGCUCGAGGUGAGCAACGGCCACUUAGUGAAGCGUCUGGAGAAGAUGAAAGCCAACAGGAGCGUCCUUUUGUCCCAGCAGUGA